GGACGACGCGCCCCGCGGAGCUCUGAGGAGGGCCGGCGCCUCCGCGGCCGGGCUAGGCCGCAUCGCCGCCGCCCCCCACCCGUCGCCUUCAGGCCUUCCCCGCCAUUUUCCCAUGUCUCAGUGGACUCCUAAAUGUAAUAUAGUCUAUACCUUAGAAGCGGAUAUGAAGAGUGACGUUUCUUCUGGUGCACCAAAGAGCCAGGAGAGCCUGAAGGGGGUCCUCUUGAACCCUCCUCCGCCCAUUGAAGCAGCCAAAAGCUUCCCUGGAGAAGACGCCACGAUGAUUGCCAGCAAAGUCGGGGAUGAAUUCUCCCACCUCUGUGGUGACUCUCAAAAGCAGAAGGACAUCGCUGGAAGCCGUCCUGAGCAGGAGGCACUGGUCAUGCGGAAGAAGCGCAAGAGUCAGCAGGCCGGCCCUUCCUGUGCUCAGAACUGUGGCAGCAAAGAGAACCCUCGGGUUUUAGGGUUAAGGCAGCGCCUCGAUACCCAAAGUGAGGACAACGACUCCUCUUUUAGUGACUGUGUCUCUUCGCCAUCAUCCAGUUUGCAUUUCGGAGACUCGGACACAGUGACGUCUGAGGAGGAGAAGGAGGCGGCCCCCGUGAGGCACACUCGGGCACUGUUGCAUGCAUCGAGCAGAACUCACGGUUCCCGGCCACACAAGUGGCCCCGGACAGAGACAGAAUCCGUGCCGGGGUUAUUAAUGAAAAGGACCUGUUUCCACAGCAGCAGUUCCCUAAGGAGGCUCCCCUAUAGGAAGCGGUUUGUGAAAACCAGCUCCUCACAGCGGACACAAAACCAAAAAGAGCGGAUUUUAUUGCAACGGAAAAAAAGGGAAGUAUUAGCUCGGCGGAAGUAUGCGUUGCUGCCCAGCUCCAGUAGUUCCAGCGAGAAUGACCUUAGUAGCGAAUCCUCUUCCAGCUCAUCCUCUGAAGGAGAGGAAGAUAUUUUUGUAUCAGCUGGUGAAAAUCACCAAAACAGUACUGCUAUUCCCUCAGGGAGUAUUGAUGAAGAUGUCGUGGUGAUCGAAGCAUCUUCCACUCCCCAAGUCACUGCCAAUGAAGAAAUCAAUGUUACCUCAACAGACAGUGAAGUAGAGAUUGUAACUGUUGGAGAAAGUUACCGGUCUCGGUCAUCCGUUGGGCACUCUCGCUCCCACUGGGGCCACGGGUCCAACUCGCUCGCCUCGCGGCCACAGGAGCAGCGGAACCGCAGCAGAAUCUCCACAGUCAUCCAGCCACUGAGGCAGAACGCAGCAGAAGUGGUGGAUCUCACGGUGGAUGAGGACGAGCCAACCGUGGUGCCGACAACCUCCUCCGGAGGGGAAUCCCAGGCAACACAUCCUGCUCCUGAAGGUGGCCCCAGCGCGACAGCCGCAGAGCAGGUCUCUGACGUCGUUUCCAGCAUCCCCAGCAGCCAGUCCUCAUUGGUACCAGAGCCACUCGUGGUUCUCACCAGCAGCAGCUCUGCUGGAAACGCAGCAGGAGACGACACGAGAGGAAACGCCUCCAACGCAGCGCUGGAGCCGGGCCCCCCCGCGAUGCCGAGGCUGCCCUCCUGCUGCCCCCAGCAUUCUCCAUGUGGGGGGGCGCCGCAGAGCCACCACGUCCCGGGACACCCCCACGCCGGCUGCUUCCAGCAGCACAGCCACCACUUCCAGCACCACCAGCACCAUCACCAUGCCCCCCACACGGGCGUCCCGCUCUCCCCCUCCUUCAGCGAAUCCAGCUGCCCGGUCGAGCGGCCGCCCCCAGUACCGGCGCCCGGGGGGCCAAGCAGCAGCUCCGGCGCCACUUACCACGACCAGCAGGCCCUGCCCGUAGACUUAAGCAGCAACGGCGUAAGAAACCACGGGAGCACUCCGUUCCACGGCGCGUCGGCCUUCGACCCCUGCUGCCCAGGAUCCUCCUCCCGAACCACCAUCUACGGGCACCAGGCCGGAGCCGCUUCGAGCCAGCCCGUCGCCAUCGAUGGAUACAGCGCCAGCCUGGUGGCCCCGCCCCCGGCCCCGCCCCCGGCCUCCUUGUCCUCCUGCCGGCAUUACAUGCACUCUCCUUAUGCCUCUUUGACUCGACCACUUCACCACCAAGCGUCCGCCUGCCCCCAUUCCCAUGGGAAUGCCCCUCCUCCGGCUCCACCCCAGCCCCCUCAGCCGUCCCCUCAAGUCGACUACGUCAUCCCCCACCCCAUCCACCCCUUCCACCCCUCCAUCUCCUCGCACGCCUCCUCCCACCCUGUCCCACCUCCGCCCCCAGCCCACCCCCUGGCCAGUGCUGCAGCCCCGAUCCCACAGCCACUCCCGGCUGCCCACCAGUCCCUUUCCCAUCACCUCCCGGCCGCCGCGCCCUCCGCCCAGAGGCUGCACCCCCACGAAGUGAUCCAGCGGAUGGAGGUCCAGAGGAGGAGAAUGAUGCAGCAUCCCACGCGAGCCCAUGAGCGGCCUCCGCCCCACCCCCACCGCAUGCAUCCCAACUAUGGCCACGGGCAUCACAUCCAUGUACCGCAGACGAUGUCGUCCCACCCGCGACAAGCGCCAGAGCGCUCUGCCUGGGAACUGGGAAUCGAAGCAGGAGUGACGGCCGCAACCUACCCACCAGGCCCGCUGCACCCUCACUUGGCGCACUAUCACACCCCGCCUCGACUUCACCACUUGCAAAUUGGCGCACUUCCGCUAAUGGUUCCUGACAUGGCGGGCUACCCUCACAUCCGUUACAUUUCAUCGGGAUUGGAUGGAACUUCAUUCAGAGGCCCAUUCAGGGGCAAUUUUGAGGAAUUAAUUCAUCUGGAAGAACGUCUAGGGAAUGUGAAUCGUGGUGCUUCCCAAGGAACAAUUGAAAGAUGCACAUAUCCACACAAGUACAAAAAGGUAACAACUGAUUGGUUCUCACAGAGGAAACUGCACUGCAAACAAGAUGGAGAGGAAGGAACUGAAGAAGAUACUGAGGAAAAGUGCACCAUUUGCUUAUCUAUAUUAGAGGAAGGUGAAGAUGUCAGGCGCCUUCCGUGUAUGCAUCUCUUUCACCAAGUCUGCGUAGAUCAAUGGCUGAUCACAAACAAGAAGUGCCCCAUUUGCAGAGUGGACAUUGAAGCUCAGCUGCCGAGCGAGAGUUGACACCCUUUUGCCUAAAACUUCCGGCUUUCCUCCUCCACGCCCAUCCUUCCUGGUACUGCAGUCAACCAAAGAUGGCAUGACUUACCUGUGCAGAUGUUGGAAGCAUUUGAACCUGCUAGAGUGCCGUUUGUCCGCUCUGUGGUAUACCUGAUGCUAACCCUACGGUUCAGUGUAUUUAUAAAGCUUUUUUUGGUUCUGUUUAGACCUUACGAUUUCCCCCGCUCUUAACACGUUUUCCUGUACUUUUUGCAUGGUUCCUUGUAUUGCAUUUCUUUGCACAUGUUAUGGGCUUAGUGACCUCCCCAAACUUGCAGGCAAGAUUAUCUGCUUUAGAAAGUAGAAUUGUGUGGUCUUUUUUGUUUCUAUUUUUUACAUAGAGUCAAGCUUUUCAGAGUAUGAUUUCACUCAUUACUAACCUCAGAGUCCUUAAUUUAAUCAAGUAUUUUAGUUUUAAAUGUAUAAAGAUCAACUUUUAAAAAAAAGAAUAUUAUUGUGUUUUUAAGACAUUCCUUAAUUAGGAAAAAAGCUGCUGUAUACUUGCGUUGGGCAGAAACGCUGAGCGCUUCUCCUGCACAAGCCCCAUUAAAACGAAUGGGGGAUGUGCAAGAGCACUGCAAGCGCUGUCCGUUCCAAGUCGCACCAUCCGUAAUUACUGGGAACAUAACCUUCAAAUCCCUCGAUCUCAACUGGCUUACUCACCAUUGGAUCACCCUCCUCAGAUCACAUUUUCAUGUCCUUAAACCUUCAGCACAAUGCAAAUAUAUCUGAAUGUCAAUAUUAAAAACAUUUAGACUGCUGUCCAAUUGUAUGUACCAUUUUCUUAUGUCUAGCAAUUUGAAUCUCUCUAACACAAUAUUUUGCUGCUGUGAAACAGCACUAAUGAACACUAAAUAAUUGAUUUCAACUAGCUGGGUUGUAGAUAUAUGCCGAUUGAAUGAAAUCAGUUUGUAGGAAAACAGGGGGAAAGGCAAGGUUUUUUGUCUUUUUUUGUCUCUCUCUCUCUCUCUCUCUUUUGUUUUGCUCCUCAGUCUUACCUUAAAUUCAUCUAAAGAUCUGCACAAACUGGUUUUGUAAAAAAAGAAAAGAAAAAACCAACCACAAAUAUUAAAUCCGUACUUAGAAAUUCAUUUCCGAAGGCAAAUAUCCAUGAAUUCAUAGAAAUUUUAAGGGUCCCUGUUCUGUCAUGGGAUCUGGGUGGUGUUUUUUUUAUUUUAGUUUUACAGUUAAUAAAGUUAGCUGAAUCCA